UGUCAUUUGAAACUAAGCUUCAAGCUUUAAAUUUCAAGUAGAAACAGAAGAAGAAGUACCAGGCCUUUGUCUCUUUAAUGCUGAAGAGCAGAAGUGGAUUCUUUUAUCCAGCUCUGACUUCGUAUGCUCAUGAAGGCAAGCUAGGAUGAAACUUUCAGGGUGUCAGAGAGAAAAAUAAUCAGCAUCAACCCAAUGGUCGCCAAGGAUAUGAACUCUGCUGUUUUUAUCUAGAUGGAUGAAAAGGUUAACAGCCCAGAAGGGGAGUUCCUUUUGUUUCCAAGAUGGCAGCAACUAGUGGUGAAAGCCAGCUGCAGCGGAUUAUCAGAGACCUGCAAGAUGCAGUGACUGAAUUAAGUAAAGAAUUUAAAGAAGGAGGUGAACCGAUCACAGAUGAUAGUGUCAACUUGCAGAAAUUCUCCUACAAGCUUGAGUACCUUUUACAGUUUGACCAGAAAGAAAAAAGCACAUUGCUGGGGAACAGAAAAGACUACUGGGAUUAUUUCUGCGACUGUCUGGCAAAAAUCAAAGGAGCUAAUGAUGGAAUCCGCUUUGUCAAGUCUAUUACAGAACUACGAACCUCUCUUGGAAAAGGAAGAGCAUUUCUUCGUUAUUCCCUGGUUCACCAAAGGCUAGCAGACACCUUGCAGCAAUGUUUUAUGAACACCAAAGUGACCAGUGACUGGUACUAUGCAAGAAGUCCAUUUCUGAAUUCCAAAAUGAGUUCUGACAUUGUGGGUCAACUCUAUGAGCUCACUGAUGUUCAGUUUGACUUGGCAUCAAGAGGCUAUGAUUUAGAUGCUGCUUGGCCAGCAUUUGCCAGGAGGACUCUAUCCUCACUUGGAUCUUCAGCAUAUUUAUGGAAGCCCCCAAGUCGCAGUUCCAGCAUGAGCAGUUUAGUGAGCAAUUAUUUGCAGGCACAAGAGUUUCCUUCCAGCCCUGAUGUAAAUAACUCACUAAAUGUUGAACACCUUGAGGGCUACGAAGAGAUGCGUUUAGAACUUGACCAGGCUGAGCUGAGGCAAAGGGAACUUCAAGAUCGUAUUCACCAGCUAGAAAUUGAAAACCAGGAGCUCCAGGCAGCUGUUAGCCUUCAAAAAGAGCAAGUACAGGUAGAAAAGGAGAAGAGCAAUAACUACAGUGAGGAAAACUCCCGACUGACAAAGAUGAUCACAGAGUUACAGAAGCAGUGUGAGGUCUCACGCUCCACUCAGAGCACUGUCCAUGACCUGCAGAAGUGCCUACAGUCACUGGAACUGAGUGCAGUGGAGCAGCAGAAGGAACACUCAACAAAGCUGGAGCAGCUGUUGACCAGCAAGGAAGAUUGUGCCUCAAAAUUGCAGGUUUCAAAUCAGGAGCUGGAGACCUCCAGGGCUUUGAUUGCUGUGAAGGAUCUUUGCAUUGAUGAGCUCAAAGCCAAGCUGAAUUCCACAGAACAGAAGAACCUCAACCUCCUUGCAAAAGUUGAUGCUGCCUCAGAGGAAAAGGGACAGCAAGCCACAGUCCAGUAUGACUUUGCCCUACAAAUCCGGGCACUGUUAGAGAAGCUUCAAGAGAUGGAAAAGGAAAAGGCAGAUAUGCAAAGACUCAGUGAUGAACAUGCAUCUCAGCUGAAAGCAGCAAGGGAGGAGCUGCUGCUGAAAGAACAGGCACAGAAGGAACUGGAAUCCAGAUAUAGUAGUCUCACUGCUAACUCCAAAGAAGAGAGUGGAAAGCUAAUUGGGAGCCUGGAGACCAUGGCAAAGGAAAAGGAUGCACUUCAGAAGGCCCUGACUUUGAAAGGAAAGGAGAUGGCUGAGCUGCAGACCCAGGUAAUGGGGUCGCUGGCUCAGGUGGGUUCACUGGAAAAAAAUCUUGAGGAAGCCAGGAAGGAAAAAGAAAAACUUGAGGAGGAGUAUGGUAGGAGGGAAGGAGCACUGAAGGAGGAAUCCCAGUCUCAAGCAGAGCAACUUCAACUACAGGAGGGUCACUUAACAAAGGUGAGUCAGACUGUGUGUAGCCUUCAGGAGCAAAACUGGAAACUCAUGUCUGAGAAGGAGAAUCUCAGGCAGAAAGUCAAGGAGUUGGAGGAGCAGAUGGAGCAGCAAAACUCUUCAGUGAGUGAGUUGGAUGAGGAGAGCAGGAAACUGAAAGCAGAGAAGGAGAAUUUGCAGCAAUCUAAGAAGAAGAUGGAAGAGAAGCUGAAAAAUCUGGAAGCUUCUGAAGCUUCCCUAGAAGCCGAGGUAGCCAGGUUGAGAGCCUCUGAGAAACAACUUCAGAGUGAGAUAGAUGAUGCCCUGGUGUCAGUUGAUGAAAAAGAGAAGAAGCUCCGGGGUGAGAACAAACAGCUGGAUGAGGACUUGCAGAAUGCUAGGAGGCAAAGCCAAAUUCUAGAGGAGAGACUGGAGGCUCUACACUCAGUAUAUGAAGAACUAAAGCAAAGAGAAGAGACCUCCAAGGAGUUUUAUGCUUCACUUGAAACACAGCUGAAGAAUGCCAAACAGCAUAAUUUACAAAUGGAAAAAAGCUUGGACGCUUUGAAGGAAAGCAAAGAGUGUAUCCAGUCACAGCUCACAGAGAAGGAAGUAGAACUGCAAGGCUUGGAGAGCCAAUGUCAGCAGCUAAGAGCAGAAGCUGAAAGAUACAGGAAGAAAGCAGAAACUCUUGAGAUAGAAAAGCUCAGUGUUGAAAAGACAUGCCUUCAUCAGACAAAACUUACAGAAUCUCUCACAUCAGAAAAGGAAUCAGUGGAAAAACAGCAACUACAGCAGGCGGCAUCCUUGGAGAAGGAGGCAAAAGAACUGGCCUUGAGACUGACCAUGAGUGAAGAGCAGCUGGAGGUCAACCGAGGUGAAGUGUCCAGGCUGCAGGCAGAAGUCCUCGAUCUUCGGGUCAAGCUUCAGCAGGCCACUGAUGAGAGAGAGAGGAUGAGAGGUGAACUGGCAGUCGCUGAGACUGUAUUGAGUGAGCAGAAGAUGCUUGUCCAGCAGCUGAAAGAGCAGAGUGAGUCUCUCAACAGAAAUCAUGUGCAAGAACUGGUGCAAUGUAAAGAAAGGGAAGAAAAGCUGGAAAAAGAGCAGGAGAGAACAGCCCAUCAAAAUGCUGAGCUGGAAAAUAAUUUGAUGAACCUAAAGGAAGAGCUGUCUAAGGUUAAGCGGUAUUUGGAAAAUGCUAGAGUGGAAAAUGAAGAAAAUAAAGAUCUCCUCCACAGGACCAACACUGAUAUGGCUGAACUCGGUAUUCAGAUUUGUGCCUUGACCUCUGAGAAGGUGGAUGCAGAAGAGCAGUUGGCCCAGGCCACAGAAAGGUUCAAAGAGCUGGAAGAACAGGCAGCAGAGCAACAGGAGAAGCUAAAUCUUGACAUCUCUAAUCUCAGAGAGGAGAACAAGAGCCUGCAAGAGAAACUAGAGGAGGCUCGAAUGUGUGCUGCAGCUGUCCCAAGUCUGCAAUUGCAGCUGGAGACAAUAAAGAAACAGGCACAGAGUUUCCAAGAGACCAGCCAAGAAGAGCUGUCUGCAAUAAAAUUUCAAAUGAGCACAGAGAUUCUAAAUUAUCAGACAAAAUUCAAGGCUGUCAGUGAGGAGUGUGGGAAAGUAAGAGAGCAACUUGAGGAGCAGAAGCGACAACAGCAUGCAGCGGAGGAAGAGAUUACAGAAUUACAAGCUGCAAACACGAGUUUGUGUAGAAAGCUGGAUGAAGCAAGAGAACAGCUAUCAGAAUCAGAAUCUGCUCGGCUGCAGAAGGAAGAGGAAGUGACUUCUCUUAGAGAACUCUUGGAAAGGAUCCAAAAAGAGGCUGAUGAAGCAAAAGAGAAGAUCCUGGAUUACACUGAGAAGCUCAGCAAGGUGGCAGCAGACAAAGAUAGCAGUGACCAGAAGUUAUUUGCUGAACUGGAUGACCUGACAAGAACAAAGCAGUUCCUUGAAGAACGUUUGAUAGAACUUAUCAGAGAUAAGGAUGCUUUGUGGCAGAAAUCUGAUGCUCUGGAGUUCCAGCAGAAGCUUAGUGCAGAGCAGAGGUGGCAGGGGGACACAGAAGUUAAUCACUGUCUGGACUGCCAGCGAGAGUUCUCAUGGAUGGUGCGCCGACACCACUGCAGAAUGUGUGGCCGCAUUUUCUGCUACUACUGCUGCAACAACUACAUGGUGACCAAGCUUGGUGGAAAAAAGGAGCGUUGCUGCAGAGCUUGCUUUAAUAAGCCUAGAGUAAUUGUGGACAGUACAGAUGACUCUGGAUCCAGUGCCAACCAGGAAGGAUCACCAGCUUCAUUGGAAUCACCUAUGUCACCAUCUGAGAGGGCUUUUGUUGCAAGUGAAGCCUCUAAACCACCAGAUGAUGCAGCUUUUGAUAUAAUCACUGAUGAAGAGCUGUGCCAAGUACAAGAAUCAGACUCUCUCCACAAUGAAAGUCAGAUGGAAAGAGACUCUCUGGAUCAAAGUGUGACAGAUCUAUGUGUUUGCUGGGCUAAGCAGCUGUUAGGGGCUCUGUACAGCCUCCAGUCUCCGUUUCAGGUUUCUGCCUUUCACACAAUUCGAAACAGCACGUGUAAUUCUUCAACCUUUGAUGAAUCCGAAGACUGGCAAGUUGCUCAAGAUGCUGAGAUAUGCUUGUUGAAGUCAGGAGAAAUUAUGAUGAAAUUACCCCUUACAGUAGAAGAGAUUAUGAAUUUUGGAGAAAGCAACAGAGAGCUGUUCAUCAAAUCGAGCACCUACAGUGUCAUUCCCAUCACUGUUACAGAGAUGGGGCUAACAAUUAGCUGGAUUUUCUCAUCGGACCCCAAAAGCAUAUCCUUCAGUGUUGUCUACCAAGAGUCUGAAGACACGCCCCUGGAUCAGUGCAAAGUUCUUAUCCCUAUGACUCGCUGCAACUCUCAUAAGGAAACUAUCAGAGGACAGGUGAAAGUCAGAAAUGCUGGAAUCUACACCCUGAUAUUUGACAACACAUUCUCUAGGUUUAUCUCAAAAAGAGUGUUUUAUCACUUGGCUGUUGAGCGACCUGUCAUCUAUGAUGGAAGUGAUUUUCCAUAGCCUUUACUAUACUGUGUAUUUUUAAUUAAAUUUUUAAGACAUG